AUGCUCUUUCACAAGGAAUUCUCACCCUGUCUGGUCGUCCUGGCCAUCGUCGCGACGCUCGCGCAAGGCGCCACGGUCAAAGAGCGCGCUUCUAAUCAAUGCCAAGCAGUGGGAACUGCCCACUCCUUUAGCACCACCACCGGAGAUCUGCCCAUGAUCCACCCUCUGACCGUUCAAAUCCUUCGCGACGGGCAGGAAAUUGCGAGCGUUGACAAUGUUCAGUGCAACAAUGGAGUGGAUCCACCUACUACCACCCAGAUCCAAUCUUCCCUUCCACUGCCCUUUGGCUGGUCAGCUACGUGUGGCACGGCAAGCAUCGAGUGAGUGAUGACUCUUGCCACGUGUAUACUCGGAUACCUUGCCUCCUGCAGUAGGCACCCAUGACUGAGCUGACGCAUGAGCGCAACGAUUCGCCAUCUCGUGUUUCCAUAGAGAGUGUCACGGAGCGUACGGGCGCGACCGAGACAUCAAGGGAGAGGCCCCAACGUCGGAACCCUUCCUCCAAGGCCCGCUGCCAAACAUCCUCUGGACUUGCAAGAUCAACUUUGAUUGCAUCUUGCUUUGA